AUGCCGCCUGCAAAAUCCUCCCGCAAUCACGACGACUCCAAGGCGGACGGCCCCAAUUCGAAAGAGAAGGGUACAAAUGGCCAUUCUUCUACCAAGAUGCGUCGAAACGCCAGUCAACAGAACCACUCUCUCCUUCGCGAACUUCAAAACGCUGCCGUCGCUGCUGCUCCUCAGCCGCCUGUCGAGCCUUCUCCCCCUAGUGUUGGUCAACCCCCUCCGCUGUUCCACGUUCUCUGGUCGCUCUCUGGCCUUCGACGAAUAACCAAGACAUGGGAAGCAUGUUUUGGAUUAUUCGUCAGACCACUUGCUCUUCAGGGAGAGCUUGCCAGACCUCGUUCGCUCUCUAUUCAAUUCAUCGCGCUAACUCUUUGUCUUCCUCAGCUUCACUGGGCCUCCUUCGACCGAGACGUUCUUCAUGCCUACCGCCGUGAGCACCGUUUGAACACACCAAGCUCCUUUUCGAACCCAUACUGUCAAUGGAUUCUAUCACAGCCAAACGGGAUUGGAUUGCACUCCCCAACCAUGGUCCGCCGCCGACAAGCUCGUCGUCAGAGCAAAGAUCAGCUCGCCCUAGCAGUGCGCAAACAUUUUAACGGGAUGGGUGUGCAGGAGAAUGAUGUGAUCGUGGACUUUAUCUACAAGAUUCGUCACGACCCGAAUCGUAUCUCCAAACCAUACGCAAGCGGCAAGGCUACGACUUUCACGAAAUAA